AUGGUUCUUGAAUCUGUAUUAUCUGAAGAUAACAAGGUCUAUUCAGACGCAAAGUCAUACUGUCAACUGUUGUUGACUUGUGCCAUUGCUUGUGAAAUUUCGUACAUGCCUGAUCCAUUGUACACAUUAAACAAGGAGUAUUCCCAAUUUGAGCAUGGUAUCAAGAAACUAUGUAGUAGUAUUACUAAUGAUAUGGACGCAAAGGCAACACUUGAAACAAGAUAUGUUGUGGCUGAUUGUUCUGAUGAAAAUCGUAAAAGAAUUGUUGUAGCAAUUAGAGGUUCCUACUCCAAGUCUGAUAUUUUGACAGAUGUAAAGUUGAUCCCUGCCAUGAAUUACUAUGGAUAUGGCGUUUUACAUAGUGGCUUCUUGGAAAGAGCCAAAUUCAUUCCACUUGAUUACUUUUUAGAAAAGAUUAACGAAGGUUAUCAAGUUGUUAUUACUGGACACAGCAUGGGUGGAGCAGUUGGGGCCAUCCUUGCAACGCGAUUGAUGCAAGCUACUGAAGCAAAGGCCAUCAAGAAACCACCAAUUCAAUUCAUUGGUUUUGGAGUUCCCUUGCUGGCUGAUGUUAAGUUCAAAGAAAGAAUUCUAAAAGAUGAACAGUCGAACUAUUUCCAUUUUUAUAUCAACGAAAAAGAUUGUGUUCCAAGAUCUAUUAGUAUUGUUAGUGAAAUUAUCAGUCUUUCUGCUGAAUCAGAUCUGAUUGACCAAGUGUCAAACUUUCUAAAAACUGUUGUGUCGGCAAUCUCCAGUAUUACAGGAAGGGUUCAUAGAGCAGAAAUAAUUAAUUCUGGUAUAUCUGUUUUCCAGUGGUUUUCUAAAGUAAUUGCCAAGGUAAUUCACAAAUAUGCACCACAGUUUUCUCCUUUUGGUAAUCACAUUCACAUUUCCUAUUCUAACAAUAAGCAAAUAUAUGAUGAUAAUGCUUACAUUCUUGACCACUGGUCAGAAGUUUUCGGAAAGGGGUCUACCAUUGGUUGGGUCAGUGUCUCCGAAAGGAAGAAAGUAUUGAGAGUGUUGAAAUCUGCGUGUAUUAACUAUCAAAUCAGACAAGAAUUGAUGAAAAACUUCUACGUUGGAGUUGUUGGAAUGAAGAAAUGUGGAAAAUCAACAUUUGUCGAAAAGUUCCUUCAUAGAAAUGCUAACGCCUCAAGUAUAAUAGCUACAACUGAAAUUCAAGCAUACCCACUAACAAGUAACUCAUCCAAUUUUGCUGUUUGGGACUUCCCACACUAUGAAAGUCAGGAUCAUCUCCACAAAGUUCAAUUUAUUACUUCUCGUUUUUUAUUGGACUAUAUUGUUGUUGUAUACGAUGCCCUUUCCAAAUGUGAUAAAGAAGAAUGCAAAGAACAUAUCAAUGUUAUCAAACAAAGUAAUGAUCACAGAUUCAUUGUUUUAAUGAACAAGGCAGAUGCGUUAUAUAAGCCAAACAUGAAUAUGACAAAAGACCAUUUUGAUGACACAAGAAGGGAAUGUUCCCUCAAACUUGGUGUAGAUAUUUCAAGAGUAAUUUUGACCUCAGUUGACCCAGCUAUAAAUAAUAUCCACCAAUUGAAACCUUGGGGUGUAAACAUGAUGUCAGAAAUAAGAGAUGUAAUUUGGGAAGAUUUAAAGACAACAGCAAAACGAACAGUUGCAGAGGUUGAACAAGAAUGGAAUAGUUUGAAGAAGUAUGAUGCCCUUAAAGUUAGCAUUGAAUUCAGAAGAAAGGGAAAGAAUUCCUCCUUUUGCUUCUCUUGGGAUAAAUUAAAGAAUUUGCAAUUCAGAGAACUUGUAGAAGAGCUGAAGAAUGAAUUUGAUUAUGACAAUAUCAAAAUAACCACUAAGAAUUCAUUAGAAGAGAUUUCAGAUAUGCAACAGUUACUAGAACAUGAGGAUCAUGAAUUCAUUGUAGAAAAACAAUAAUAAACCAAU